AUGACACAAUGUUGCUUUUCCAGUUGUGUCAAUGAUGUAAAACCAAGGCCAUUGGAUCCACACAACAUUUACCAACAAUUUGAGAUUGUUCAUAAGGAAACACUGUUUAGCAGUGAUGGUAGUUUUUAUACAAAAUCUCUUGCAGACAAUGGCUAUCCUCCAUAUAUCUUAAGAAGAAAACGUUGGGAAAUUUAUGGUAAAACACCAAAAAACUACAAGUUAUUUGAAGCAAAAGGAAUCAAUGAUUCCCUUCGUACACGUCUUCCUGAUUUGAGCUUUCUUCUCUCAACCAAAUCUUCAAAUCAUGUAGUUGUUGGCAAGUGGUAUUCCCCUUUCGUAUUUAUCAAAGAACAACAACUGUCCGAACAAGUGAAAAAUUCUAUGUAUUAUGAAAUGACACUAGAGCAAAAGUGGGAACAAGUUUUCGAACAUGAAAAGGAGCACAACAACGAAGGAAAUGUCGUGUCUGUGAACGUCGUGGUUCGUAGUAAAGCGGUUUUCAUUGGUGAGAGUCAGAUCGAGGCAGCAUGGGAUGAGAGAAAUGUGGUAGAUAGAGCCAUAUGGUUUACAUGUGUAGGGGGUAAUAAUGGGAGAGAAGAAAGUGUAGGGUUGAAUGUAGCAAUUGUUGAAAGAAUGAAGUGGGAAGAAGAAAGGGUUGGAUGGGUUGGUGGUGGGGAGCAAAGGAUAAAGAGGGUGAAGAGUGAGAAGAAGUUUGAAGGAGUUGAUGGGUGGAAUAGAUUUGGUUGUUAUGUUUUGGUUGAAAGGUUUGUGCUCAAAAGAAUGGAUGGAAGCUUGGUUUUGACAUAUGAGUUUGGUCACACCCAUCAAAUUAGGUCCAUGUUUGAGUAA